AUGGCCAUGAGUACAGUGGCACAGCGUAAAGAAAUGAUCGUUGAACUGUUGAAGAAUAAUGAAGUCAAAACAGUUGUUCUUGUUGGGGAAUCAGGAAUCGGAAAAACAUGGACUGCCAGAGAGAUAAGUAAGCGUGCAAUUAAGGAAGGCUUAUUUGAGAAAAUCCUAUGGGUAUUUCUUCACAGAAAAUAUGAAAGAGUUGAUCUUGUAAAAGAUAUUGGUCAUCAGUUGUGUCUACUGCCCAUUGCUGAGGAGUGGGAUGGUGAUGAUGGCAAAGAACUCACCAAAAGGGAAAAAGAUGAAGAAAAUGCAGAGAAGAAGGUGAACAGGCAUGACUUGCAACAGAAGAUAUCUCAAACACUUAAAGGAAAACGUUUUCUUCUAAUUUUGGAUGACGUGGGAAGCAAAAUGGAUGAACAUAUUAUGUCCGAAUUGGAAAGCUUUCUGAAAUUUAGCCCACAAAAUGGAUACAAGUUUCUAAUAACUAGCAUAGAGAGCAUCAGUUGCCCUGAUUUUAUGAAACCAUUGGGAGAGAUACAGCAGGUGAAGCCCUUAUCUCUGACAGAGUCAUUGUCCUUGUUGCAACAACAUACAGGAAUGAUGAUCUAUGAGGUUCCAGGUGUUAAAGCUUUGGCUGAAGCUUUUAUUGAAAAGACUAAAGGGUUGCCUACUGCAGUAGUCAUAAUGGCAAAAGCUUUAAGUCACUUUGCAAAACAUGAGCAUGAGGAGCUGUUGCUGGAAAGUGAUUUGGAGGAAGCAUUUUCUGAUAAUGAAAGCUAUAACAUAACACAGAUACUAUGCACUGGGAAUGGCAUGCUGCCACUUGGUGUUCUAAUGGACUGUUGUUGGCAUGGCAACCACUUCUUUCGCAACCGUGGAAGCAUUCAUUUUAAUGAGUUGAUAGCUUACUGGAUGCUAGAAGGAUAUCUUGGUAGAGUCGACUGUAUUGAGAAGGCAUACGAGAAGGGACAUCAUGUCUUGAUGGAGCUAAUUGAUUGUCAUAUACUGAAAAAGGUGGAAACUAGUUAUGUUACCAUUGAAGAAUCAAGAAUGAACUUGGAAGAUUGCCACCAUUCUGGAUAUGUCGGGACAGCCUGUCUGGGAUUGGCUAAUGUAUUUGAGGAUGAGUGGGAAGGCCUUGGGAGAACCACACAGGUGGAUGGUAUGAUGAAAACUAUGCUCACUGGUAUGAAAGGGCAGAAACUCAGGACAUCACUGCUUGACGGAAAUUUUCUCGGCAGGGAAGAUCCAGAUAACUUCUUUCAGUCCGAGCAGGAUCUGCAAGUUCUUGCCCUUUUUAAUCCAACUUUCAUAUCAUUGCCACAUUCCUUGUGCUGCAUGAAGAAACUUCGUGUGCUUGUGCUUAAAGGCUGCGACUUUUUGGAGAAAAUCAACCACACCCUGACACUUCCAAGUUUAACUGUUCUUGAGAUAUCUGGUGCUAGCUCCUUGAUAAUUCCAGAAAAUUUCAAUGAUCUUUUUAAGCAUAUGCCCUGCCUUCGAAGCCUUAAUCUGUCUUCACUCCUGAUAGACUCAUUACCUUCAUCUCUUUAUGACCUUAGUGAACUAAGCUGGCUCAUCCUUAGAGGGUGUUCUCACUUGCUUGAACUGGGAAGUCUCAGCAAACUAAGGAAACUUGUGCUGCUGGAUGUUUCUGGUGCUACCUCUUUGAAAUAUAUCAAAGACCAAAACUUUAGCAUAAAUAAUAAACUUCAAACGCUAAAUCUUUCUCAAACAAAGAUUUCGAAGUUACCAUUACUUCAGAAACAUGGAGAGCUCUGUCAUCUCUCACUAAGUGGCUGUGAAUCCUUAACAAGACUUCCAAGCAUUGCCUCACUGGUCUGUCUCCAAACUCUUGAUCUUUCAGGUGCGAAAAAAUUCCUUGAAUUCCAGCGAAUGGAAAAAAGCAUUAGCCUUAAAAUCCUUGAUCUAUCUGAAACUGCAGUUGAAUCUCUACCAUCCAAAAUUAUCAAUCUGCGGCAUCUCUUUCUAAGACGUUGCUCUAAGUUGAAAGUAUUAUCAUGCACUGGAGCACUUAAGUAUCUUGAGGUACUUGAUGUUUCAGGUACCUGUACUCUAGAGAAAAUCGAAUUUGUUGAACACCUGAGUUCACUACAAAUCCUUAACCUUUCAGAAACCAAAAUUACUACUCUACCAUCCAUUGUCAAUCUCUGUAAGCUCCGCGUGCUUUAUCUCUCCAGGUGUAGUGCAUUGAAAGAAUUACAAGAUAAAUCCUUUGAUCAUUUUCUUCGUAUUCAGAAACUUGACCUCUCUGGAACUAAGAUUAAGAUCCUGCCAUCCCUUUCAAAAUGUAGCAACCUUCGUCACCUCUUACUUGAAAAAUGUACCAAUUUGGAAGAACUUCCUCAGCUUGAAUCUCUAUUGAAACUUGAGAAGCUAAACUUAAGUGGUAUUAGCUUGUUGAGAAAAGAUGGAGCCAAAUUCUUGGAGCAUAUGAGAGGCCUUCGGAUUCUUGACCUCUCUGAAACCUCUCUGCUUGAAGAGUUACCAUCCAUGUCAAACCUCGAAAACCUUCAACAACUUAUUCUGAGGGGUUGUCCGAGCUUAAAGAUGGUGCCACAGUUGGAAUCACUUACAAAGCUUGAGGUUCUGGAUCUUUCUGGAACAGCAGUUGUUUCUCUACCAUCCCUUGACAAAUUCAGCAACCUCCGCCAGCUCAUGCUUAGGGGUUGCUCAAGCUUGGAAGAGUUUCUGCAUCUAGAGUUGCUUCAUCUUCUUGGGGGAACUGUGAAAGAACUUCCCUAUGGGAUCUCAAAAUUGGCUCAUCUUGAGCAGCUCGAUAUGCCAAACAUGAAGAACAUAAUUGAAGGAGAUAAUGGAGGGAAUACAGAGUGCAUACCACAAGACCAGAAUUGGUGUGAUUGGAGCAUCUCCAGUUUGUCAGCUAAAACUCCCAGGGCCAACGAGUACAGACCUCUGGUAUCAGUAAGUGGAUCUCAAUUUCUUCAGCUUUUGGAAAGAGAUCCCUUGUUAUGGGACACAAACUUUACUCAGUUCCAUUUCUAUGUUCAUCCUGUAAAUAGGGUUAAUAGUAAUGGAGACAGAUACUCUAGGACUUUUCCUGUAAGUCCUCCUAUGGUGAACAAACAGCUUGACCUUACCCCAGAUAACAUGGGUGGUUUGGAUUGUAUCGGUUCCCCCUGCAUCUACAGAAAUGAGCAAAUCUUCGGGGAUAUUCACUUCCGGACUAGGGAAUUUCUUCAAUUUAAAGAGCAAAGGACAUUGCGAAAAUGGGGAAUGUUUUCCAUGCAGAAGAUAUUGCGAAAAUGGGGAAAAACUUGGUUGUUCUGGGGGUCUCCACUGCUUUUAGUUUGA